AUGACAAUAGAGGAGGUAAAAAGAGUGGCACAUGAAGUGAUUGGAGGAAGGCCUUGGGGCGGAAAAGAUGGAUUUAAAUGCCAUCAUUUUGUUUAUUCAUUGACACAAGCAUUGGUAGAAGAAAAAGAUAAAAAUGAAUUGCUUGAUUAUUCGGUAUGGCCAGAAAGUUUAAGAGUUUUAGAUGAAAGGAUUAAUCGGUUGGAUGGAACAUUUGCAUUUUUUGAUAGUGUUCCUCUUGUGUGA